GUCUCUUGAAUGCGGUAGUUGGUAAACAACCGUAGAGCUGGGACAACGCCUAAAUUUGAGAAAUUCUGCAUUCUUUAAUUAAUUUUUAAGCUGCAUGUUGAGUUGGAGUUUGAGUUUUAUCUGCAAUAAUCACUUUAUAAGUUUGUCUUAUUUUUGAAGGAGCAUACAAAAUGGAAUACAGAUCUUACGGAGGCAAAGCGCCUAGCGUGCGGAGUAUGGCGCCGUCAAUUUACUCCCAUCAUUCCAGAGUGACCACCAGGUCAUCUGCCAACCUCAGGUCAACGCACUCAAUGCGAUCAGUUGUCAUCCCGUGGUACAGGAAACCAAUUUUGCAAGAUGCAGUCGUCCUCGACAUUCAGCGUGCCAGCUUGAUCACAGGCUGUUAUUCAUUGUUCUUGGGACUGUUCACCCUCUUCACGUCGGCCUUCGACAUUUACUGUUUGGCCGAGGCAGCUCCUGGCUCGACGCACUACGGCUACUACAUAAUCUCAUUCGAAUUCGUCUACGUCGGAAACAUGCACGUUCGCAACAGCUUGGUGGUUUUUGCCUUGUUUUCCUUGAUUGGGAGCAUCGCUUUGAUCGUAACCAGCAUCAUGUUGAUAGUUGCUUUGAGAAAGGAAUACGAAGGUCGGAUGGUUCCCUGGCUGUACUGCAUGUUUGCCUUUACUGCUUGGAGAUUUUUCGCCUUUGUUUUCUCAUCGAUUGUCAAUGACCUGUACUUCGGCUACAAUUUAUUCAUGUGCCUGGCUUGGAUCGUUUUCACUGUUGCCAGCGCUUACGGAUGGGUGCUCGUGUACUCGCUGUACCUAGAACUGGCGGACCUCACCAAGCUUGAAGACUUGGCACACCUCAGGAUGGGUACUAUGCAAUCUCUUAAUGCAUCAAUUGCCCACUCCAUCGGCAACUCUCGUCCGACAACGCCUCACAGCACUAUUUCAGCAACACCCAUCAACUAAGCAGCUUGAUCUCUGCAGCUAACGUCCCAGCUAACUUUUAGCAGAAAAUUUCUCAGCGUCAAUGAUUUUUUUCAUGCUCCUCAGAUAAAAAUGAAUGCAAAUUUGCUUUCGUUUUGUUAUUUCCAAACACACUCAAUGUGAGUGUAAAAGCAUUUUAGUAUUCUUCAAAGGACUUAAUAUUGUAGUGACAAGGUCGGCAUUGUUGUUGCUGAUGUAAUAUUUUCUAAGGCUCACUUGCUCAGUCAGAGCUAUAUUUUUAUGGAAAUUGACAUUCCGUCCAACGAAUACUGCUUCGUUUAGAAAGGAUCCGUCCAAUGAGCUUUUCUCUGUAAUAUAGGUAUUGUCUAACAUUUUACAAUUUUUAUAAACAUAAUGAGUAUAUCAUAGUUUUUUGCCCGGUUGUUCUUUAUCUGUAAUGAAGAAUGUGCAGUUUUGUUUUGAAAAUUAUACUUCACAUUGCUUCAAUAUUUGUAAAAUUCACUAUUUUUGAAUUCAGUUAUUCAAAUAUUAUUAUGAAAUUUUAAAAUGAUGUAAAUCAAGGGAGUUGAUUGAAAUGGACAAAUCUUAUUGGCAGGGUAUUGUAGUUUUAAUUAAAUGUAGAAAUUGGCAUCAACCUUUUGUUAAAAAUAGAAUAGUUAUUUUGAAUAAAAAAAGUAAAAAGAGAA